AUGGCCCGCCAACCUCCCCUGCCCCUCCCAGCGAGGUUCCUGGCUGGCCUGGUGCCUCUGGCCGCAGGAGGAAACCCGGCCGCCCAGCUGGCAGGCCCUGUACCUCGAGGCCGGCAGCCGGACGAGGGAAUGGAAAAAGGCCUGGUGGGCAGUGCUGUGAGUUCCAGUGUAGAGGAUUUUGCAGAGUCCUGUGUCUGCCAGCUGACUCCCAGGGUGGCCAGGCCCGGGCCAGACGAUGCCUUGAGGAGCCGGCCAGUGAUGGAGCUGAUGGUUGAUCAAGAGCGCUUCACGCUCUGCAAUGUUGGGGCCCUAAAGCUGCAGCUCCAUGUCAGCCCCGUGGCCAUCGUGCCACUGAGGAGGCUCUGGAAGGAAGAUGGGGCACAUUUUGGGGCUCCAAUGGACACCUUCCUCAAUGGAGAGCUGAAGGUCUGGCUGGGGCUGGGCAUGGGAGACACCAUCGGCGCCAUCGGGGCCAUCUGUACAGGCUGCAGGAGGACAGGGGGACAUGGGGCCGCCGGGGCCCGCAUUCAGUUCUCACCAUGCCUUCCAGUUGGGCUGGCUCCUCCCUUGCGCCUGCGCCCGCGCCCUCGCCCAGCACCCGCCGCCUCCUGCCCCGAGGGCCGGCCUCACUCUGGCCUCUCUGUGCCCAGGCUGACGGGCAGCGAGCCCUUGACCAUCCUCCCGCUGACCCUGGAGCCGGAAGCAGCCGCGCAGGCGCACUAUAAGGCGUGCGACCGACUGAAGCUGGAGCGCAAGCAGCGGCGCAUGUGCCGCCGGGACCCGGGCGUGGCCGAGACGCUGGUGGAGGCGGUCAGCAUGAGCGCCCUCGAGUGCCAGUACCAGUUCCGCUUUGAGCGCUGGAACUGCACCCUGGAGGGCCGCUACCGGGCCAGCCUGCUCAAGCGCGGCUUCAAGGAGACUGCCUUCCUCUAUGCCAUCUCCUCUGCGGGCCUGACGCAUGCGCUGGCCAAGGCGUGCAGUGCAGGCCGCAUGGAGCGCUGCACUUGUGAUGAGGCCCCUGACCUGGAGAACAGGGAGGCCUGGCAGUGGGGUGGCUGCGGGGACAACCUCAAGUACAGCAGCAAGUUCGUCAAGGAGUUCCUGGGCCGGCGGUCGAGCAAGGAUCUGCGAGCCCGUGUGGACUUCCACAACAACCUCGUGGGUGUGAAGGUGAUCAAGGCCGGGGUGGAGACCACGUGCAAGUGCCACGGCGUGUCAGGCUCGUGCACUGUGAGGACGUGCUGGCGGCAGCUGGCGCCUUUCCACGAGGUGGGCAAGCGCCUGAAGCACAAGUACGAGACGGCGCUCAAGGUGGGCAGCACCACCAACGAGGCCACCGGCGAGGCUGGCGCCAUCUCGCCACCAAGGGGCCGGGCCUCAGGGACGGGUGGCGGCGACCCGCUACCCCGCACCCCGGAGCUAGUGCACCUGGAUGACUCACCCAGCUUCUGCCUGGCCGGCCGCUUCUCCCCGGGCACUGCUGGCCGGAGGUGCCACCGCGAGAAAAACUGUGAGAGCAUCUGCUGCGGGCGCGGCCACAACACACAGAGCCGAGUGGUGACCCGGCCCUGCCAGUGCCAGGUGCGCUGGUGCUGCUAUGUGGAGUGCAGGCAGUGCACCCAGCGCGAGGAGGUCUACACCUGCAAGGGCUGAGCCCCGGGGCCUGGCCAGGCUGCGGCAGGGGUGCAGGCAGUGCACCCAGCGCGAGGAGGUCUACACCUGCAAGGGCUGAGCCCCGGGGCCUGGCCAGGCUGCGGCAGGGGUGCAGGCAGUGCACCCAGCGCGAGGAGGUCUACACCUGCAGGGGCUGAGCCCCCGGGCCUGGCCAGGCUGUCGCAGGGGUGCAGGCAGUGUGUGCAAUGUGAGGGGCGUCCACCCGCAGGGGCUGAGCCCCCGGGCCUGGCCAGGCUGUUGUUAGGGUGCAGCAGUGUGUGUGCAGUGUGAGGGGCGUCCACCUACAGGGGUUGAGCCCCUGGCCUGGAUGCCCCCAGCACAUCUGGGUUUAAGGCGGGGCAGAGGCCUAGGGGCUGGCUGGGUUGGCCAUCUCUGACCCUCUGUCUCCUCAUCCCAAAGGCCCAGUCUGACCUUCGCAUCCUUUCUGCUUGUCCCUCCCUGUGACCUGAGAGCUUUGCACAGAUGCUUUCCAAGCUGUGUCCCCCUAAGUCACCAGUUCCCGCAGUGCGGUACCCCUCCCGUCCUGGGUGCCCUCUGAGGAGCAGCGGGCACGCCUUUGUGACCACGUGGCCUCUGCGUGGGCUGCCUGAGGGCUGUCCCGCACCAGCACUGGCUUAGAGAGCAAACCACUAGGAGAGAAAGCAGGUGCCCAGCCGCCCGGGUGCGGGAGGUAUACUGCUGGCCCCCUCUGACACCGAGUACUUCUCUUUGGAGUGAUAUCAGUGACUUUUAAGUUAUUUUUAUUUAACUAAUAUAUAAUUAUUAUUUUCUCCGUCCCUGCAGUCUCUCAGGCCGUGGCUCCUGCUCCUCUCGGCAGAGCCUCGUCUUGGGGGACCCCUUUCUCCCUCCCCUCCGCGCCCCCUCCGAACCUGUUUGCCUGAUCUGCUUUGUCGUUUGAAACCACUAAAUCAAGAGAGACAUGGUCGUUGUUGUUUAUAAAGAAGUGAAGCAAGCUGUGUCUGGCCACCACCUUUAGGGUUUCUGGAAUCCAGGUCCCAUGGUUCGUGUCAGCUACCCGCAGUGAGGCUGGCCUGGGAAGUGGGCGGGCCUUGCUCCGCACCCUGUGGGCACAUGGCGCCGCACUUCAGACUCCUCAGCGCAGAUCCUGGGGAUGGCAGAAGGUGACCUGUUCUCCCACAGGAGUGAGCAGAGGCAGAAGGGGCAGGGCCAGCCCCUUGGAGGGUUCAUGUCAUGAAGAAUGCACAGCUUGCUCUCUGUCACUGUGAGGGAGCUGGGAUGGGGACAGACAUGAGCCAAGAGAGUCUGGGGAAUAUGAUUUGGCAGAUGGAAGGCUGUUCUCCUUGGCCAUGCUGGGUUUUUGUUGCAGGGGAGGGAAAAGGAUGGCCAGCACUGACCUGAUUUGGUUUGAGUGUGUGUGCACACACGUGUGCGUGACUGCAUGCAUGAGUAUGUGGCAUGUAUGUGCAUGAGCAUGUUUGUGUGAAUGCAUAAGCGUGCAUGCAUGAGUGCACGUGGGUGAGUGUGUGAUGUGUGUGUGUGCAUGGGUGUGUAUGCAUGCUUGUGUAUGAGCACGUGGUGUGUAUUCAUGCAUGAGAAUGCGUGAGCAUAGCUGCACGUGGGUGUGCGUGCACAUGCGUCGAUGCACGCAUGUGUGCAACCACGUUCGUGUGUGCAGUGUCUGUGUGCAUGUGUGAGCAUCUGUGAUGUGUGUGCAUGCAUGCAUGUUCGUGAGCACAUGUGUGCACGUGUGCGAUGUGGGGGCUUAUGCGUACCAUGUUGGCGUGGUCAGUGGUUGGCUGGGGUGUGGCUCCUGCCCUGUGCCCUUCCUAGGCGUGGGGCUCUUCUCCCCCUGUUGGUAGGGUUCUCAGCCCUAGGCCCAUCCUGCUCAGCUCCAUGGCUUUGUCUGAGCGGGUGUGGACCGGGGUCUGGGAAAGCCCAGAGCUGGGUGGCAGCGUGGAGGAGGGAACUACUGAGUGAGGGGGUUCCUCAGAGUCCAGGGAGGCCUUGGGGACCUUAGGGACUGUUUUGCAAAGAAAACCUAUUUAUGUGGAUGUGGGUCUCUUUGUCCCUGUUUUAUAGUGUAAAUAGUAAAGUUUAUUCUCCUGUGGUUCAGAGAACAGCCCCUGAGCGCCUGCAUGCUGCCAGAGCUGUGCAGCCGAGGCAUGUCCCUUGGGAGGUAGCCAGGGCGCGCUCCCUUCACGCUUGGCUGGGGAGGGUGGCGACAGGCUAGGGUGCAUCUCAGUUGUUCCAAGCACCCCCACUCGCUGGGGCCCCGGAGCACGCGGAGCUGGCCAUGCUUCCAUGACAAGACUGCAGCUCGGUCACUACUGGGUCUGGAAAGGCGGCAAGUCAAAGGAAGGGUUCUUUUUUUUUUUUUAAAUUCAAAUACCACAUUUAACUCUAUGACAUAAAUAUUAAGAAAAGUAUUUUUUUUUAACAAGGCAGAUUGAAAACGUCUGCUGGCUGAUUUGUUUAUACGUAAAUAUAUAUCAGAAUGUCUUGCUAAGCGAAGAAGCAACUCCCGCUGUUGGAGCCUCUUUUUAACAUGCUUCUCUUCUGUUCAGCAGAGGAUGUCUAAGAGAACACACGUUCUGUGGUGGGGUUCAGACCCCCCGCAACCCCAGCGCGGGGGCCGCAGGGCAGAGCCACGCUGAGGGCCAGGCCGGUCCCGGCCACCUGCUCUCUGCCCAGCGUGCACAGACGUGACUCGGAGCUUGGUGGGCCAGGUCCCGGCGGGCGGGAGGAGAGGGGCAUUCACACACGGGGACUCUGGACUUAACGUUCAGAGCCUCAUGUGAGCCUAUAAAUUUCUCUACCUCAUCUGUAUAGCGAGUAGAUGUGUACUCGAGUGACUUGGAGAAUGUAUUUAUUUAACGGCCUUGUGUAACAGAACAGAAACAAAUGGAAACACUAAAUAAAUGUAUUUUUAAAUUAUA